CGCAGAAAUCAUUCAAGUCUCGCGCGGCGCGCCACUCCGAAAACCCGCAAUUGCGCGCGCAUUCUCGACUUUCGACUCCGCUUUUUUGCUCAUAUUAUGUGUACGAAAUACACAUAUAUACACACAUACAAUAGCCGAAUCCCCAAGGUCCAAAAACGUGGACAAUUACACACAGCAGCUCGCGGUGGUUCGCAGUUUCCGAGUCGCACAAGUGCAUACAUAUAUAUAUAUAUAUAUAUCCCCCCAAUCGUCAUCAGCGAGUCUAACCUGUACGUGUGUGCGCGCGCGUUGCGGAGCCGAAUCCGCUGUAGACGAGACACUACAUCGAGACUCUCUGCAGCAGAGGAUCGAAUCGUCGAUAUAGUCUUCUCUCGUCAUCCCGGACAACUGUAAUAUCCGCACAGCGUGCUUUUUUCUCUUCGCCCCAAGGAAGUCCAUCAGAGCUCGAGGAAGAUGCCGCGAGGUAAAUUUGUAAAUCACAAGGGUCGCAACCGACACUUUACCAACCCAGAAGAAUUAGAAGAGCAGAGACGCCAAGAGGAAGAAAAACGGAAAUGGCGAAAAAACAAGGAUACCGACUCGACAAGUGAAGAAGAGGAGGAGGAGGAAGAUGCAAAGGCAUCAAGACGUAAAAAGGGUGACAAUUCUGAAUCAGGCAGUGAAGACAGUGAAAGUGAAUCAGAGUCUGACACUGAGGAAGGCAAGGCUAAGGGAGUAGAAAAUUUAAUUCAAGUUGAAAAUCCAAACAGGGUACAAAAGAAAGCUAAGAAGCUUUCCCAGCUAAAUGAAGCACUUGCCAAUUCAUCAAAGCCUGAACUGUCUAGACGAGAAAGGGAACAGCUGGAAAAACAAAAGGCAAUAGCAAACUAUCAGAAGCUGCAUGCUGCUGGUAAGACAGACGAAGCCAGGGCAGAUCUAGCAAGAUUGGCCAUUAUUAAGCAGCAGAGAGAGGAGGCUGCCAAAAAAAGAGAACAGGACAAAAAGGCUAAAGAAAUGGCUGCUCAAAAGCAAAAAGAAAUGACACAGAAGGCCCUGGGCAAGCGAGCCUAAGCUUGAGCAAAGUGAAUUGUUCGGACAAAGGGUCCCACUAAUUGUGCACAUUGCGCUUCGAACCUCUAAACUAAAUAACUUAACCAUGCAUAGAGCAUUUUCAUUGCAAAUGAUUCAUAAUAGUGUUAUUAAUGUUUAAUUAUUGAUAAAAUUAGAUGCUCAGAACAUUUUUAUACUUAUUUUAAUACAAAACUAACUGUUGAAAUGGAAUAAAUUGCUGUUAACUAAUAUACAACUAAUAUCAUUGCUUGGAUUUUAAAUUUUGUACAUCAAAUUGCUGCUUGUAGCUUGUGAAUUUACUUUUAGUCAUGCAUCAAGAUUUUAUUAUAUACAUAAGCACUUUUAUCUAAUCAAGUGAAAAAGAAAGAUCUUUAAGUUUGUCAUUUUCAAUGAAAAUUUCUAGUAAUGGUAAAUCUUUACUACAUAGUUGCUCUUUAUAUCGAAGUUUUCGAAAAGAAAAUAUUACAAAGUAAUCAAUGUAUAUUUAUGAUUAUUAUAAUUUCCAAGAUAUGAGACGACGAUUGUGUUCGACGUGUUGAUUACUUUUUUGUAUAAUUCAAGAACGAUACAUUCGCAACGAAUGGAAAACAAAAUGAGACAAAUAUUCUCUCUCAACUCGAAAUCACGAUAGUUUAAGGGCGAAUUUUACUGCAAAACGGUAAAAAUGUUCGUCUAAAGGCGUAUAAAAGAGCCGACGAACGUGUAUCGUCGGUGUAUUAAUUUUGCUUAAUCGAUUGCUCCGUAAUACGAGCAAAUGUUGAGAAACAGUGAUUUGAAAAAAUUUCUUUUAUUACGUGAUUUCUAAUAAAAAAACAUGUUGAAAGUGAAAA